AUGCCUAUUAAAAUUGGUUUGGUCGGUUUACCCAAUGUCGGCAAGUCCUCUUUAUUUAGUUUUUUAACCAAAAAAGAUAUCUUAAUUGCUAAUUAUCCAUUUGCUACCAUUGACCCUAAUGUCGGAGUAAUGUUUUUAAAUGACCCUCGUUUGGAAAAACUGAUGAAAGGUGCUUCGCAAGGUUCUGGAUUAGGUAAUGAGUUUUUGUCCCAUAUCCGGGAGGUGGAUUUAAUUUGUCAUGUCUUGCGUUGCUUUCCGGAAAAAGAGAUAACUCAUGUCGAAAAAUCAGUGAACUCAAUUCGGGAUUUUGAAAUAAUUCAACUAGAGUUAAUCUUAGCAGACUUGCAACAAAUUAAAAAGAAAUUAGAAAAGAAAAAACCACGAGAUAAAAAGACACAAAAAGAGAAAGAGAUUUUGCAAUUAAUUCAGGAAAAUUUAGAAAAAGAAAUACUGGUUAGUCAACAAACUUUAUCAAAUGAAGAAAAAGCAGUAAUCAAAGGUUAUAAUUUUCUUACUAACAAACCUAUCCUGCUACUGGCUAAUUAUGGUGGAGAAGAAAAAGAAAUUCAUGAGUUAAAGGAAUAUGCUAAAAAAAGAGGACUAUUUUUCUUUCCUUUGGCAGUUAAAUUGGAAAAAGAAACUGAAGCCUUCUCUAAAGCAGAAAAGGAAGAAAUAGAUGAAACUAAAAGUUGGUUGGCGAAAAAUUCAAUGAAUGCUCGGGAAUGUGCGGGAUUAAUUCACUCUGAUAUCCAAAAAAAUUUUAUCCGGUUAGAAGUGUAUAAUUAUGAAGAUUGA